AUGAAACAAGGCGAAGGCUUCCUCCUCGUCUUCUCCAUAACAAGCAUGUCCUCCCUGAAUGAACUACAAGAACUCCGCGAACAGAUCAUCCGUAUCAAAGACGACGAGAAAGUCCCCAUAGUCAUCGUCGGUAACAAGUCAGAUCUCGAGGAAGACCGCGCCGUUUCACGAUCGCGGGCCUUCGCUCUAUCCCAGCAGUGGGGGAAUGCUCCAUACUACGAGACUUCCGCACGAAGACGAGCGAACGUAGACGAAGCCUUCAUAGACCUCUGUCGGCAGAUCAUACGGAAGGAUAUCCGAUCCAAUAAAGACCGAGAUAGAGACUACGGAGGGAGUCGCAAGAAGGAGGCAAGCGGAGCAGCCGACAAGCGGCGGAAUCGGAGGAGGACGAAGAUGAAGACUGAUUCCAUAUUUUUCCUGCAGGUGAUUCGUCCGUCCGUCCUUUGUUUUGUCUUGUCCGCCUUAAUUAUACCCCUUCCGCAUCACUGGUUUGCUCUUUGGUUUGUUGUCUUAUUUUUCUUUUCUUUUCUUUUGGAUAUCUCAUCUAUCUACUAUUUUCUUUUUUACAUCUCUGAAGAUCUACUUACUUCCUCCAUCCUCUUCUUUCAACCUGAUCCUGAUCCUCCUACCAUACUACACUCCACUACACACCGCCCCUUCAUUUCGUGA